CCAAUACGACCGUCGCAUAAAUGCUCCUCCUCGAUUUCCCCGGCGUCGUCGCCGUGGUGGCGACCCUCCUCCUCGCCCUGGUGGCGCUAUCCGGUUGGAGACCGCGGGUCGAGCGCCUACGCCCCGAUGAGAUAGACGGGGCGAAGCCGGACCCCGAGUGCGCGACCGCCCUUCCGGCAUGCGCAUCCGCUUGCGCCAAUGCAUCCGCGAGGCUCUGCUCCGUGUGCAAGGCUGCCGCCUUCUGGAGGUGUAAAUGCUGUAAGGCCCGUCCUCUACUGCUCUCAGAAAUAUGUCAGAUUCUUCACUGGAGAUCAGGUCACAGGAAGGUGUGCCGUGCUAAGAAAUUUGAUCAUCCUGCUCAUUCGGCGAGGGGCAUUCCGGAAGAGAGGAAGGGUUUCAGAUUGGAUCACCAAGCUGAGCUCCCCGAUGGCUCUACCACAUUCAGAAGUAAAGUACAGAGGCUACACAAGAUUUUGAACGAAAUGGAGGCUUCUUUAUCCUCUCACAAAGCUGAGUGGAAGGAGCAUAGCUCAAUGCACAGUUCUUCAGUUGCUUUUCAUCCUAAGCCAUCUCAGGAGGCAGUCGAUGCUGCUACAAGAACUGACCUAAGAGUGAGUGAAGGCCUGCGGUCUGAGGAGCUUUUGACACUACAACGGGCAGAGAUAGAGCAAGCAAUAGCUGAAAGAGAUGCCCUUUCUUUUUCUCGUAUCAACACCUUUGGGAGCUUCCAAGCAUCAUCAUGUGCUGAGUUGGUGGCUAUGUAUUCUUCAGGUUGCGAUCCUAAAGUUAGAGAUCAAGAGGUUGAGUCAACUCAUAGAGGAAGGUGUCAUCUAGAUUAGCUGGUAAAGACUUGAUGUAAUCUUGGCGAUGAUAUUAUAUAAUACCUUCGGGUGUUAGAAAGCGGAUAUCAACUUGUAUCCACUUGAUGAAUAUAAUACCUCUUUAACUUGAAGAAGUCAGAGCCGUGUCGAGUAUGAAUGAGAAUGAAUGAGAUUGGAAGCACAUCGGACAACCCUACAGGAAACAAACAUCAGCCGCCAUGUAACUUAUCACCAGCCCAUUGGUUGAAGGUGUUAGGAAAGAGGAGGCCAUCAGACCCUGCAAUCUAUCACUAAUCCUGUUUGUCACUAUAUUAUAAGCAGGAAGAGAUCAUUUAGGUAGAACGUCCAUUGUUCAUGCAUUGGAA